UUUAUGUAUAAUGACAGGAAAUUGCACCGUGAGUCACUUUUAGUAACCCAGCUAGCGAUGUGAUCAGUGGAAAGAUCAUGUGCAGAUAGUCGGCUAUACUAGUCAUUGAGGAGCAUGCACGGAUCAUGAGAGGUUUCCACUGCUAUUACCAGGGUAGGAUGAAUUUAGAGAAGAAUUUCAUAAUGUUACUAUUAAUAUGCACAUUGCAAGGGUUACCUGUUUUGCCGAAUGGCCGUAUCAUGGAGAGAGAAGUAAACUGUGACACAUUCCAAGGGAGACGACGCUGCCAUAAGGAUCAUACGCCUCACUGCCUUAAGUCAGGAGUUGUCGUUCUUGGUUCCUGCAAGCUACUCCGAGCUGUUUGUUUGUCAAACGAGGUGGAAGAUCCAACAUGGAAGUCAUGUGGAUUUAAAUCAGAAGACGACUGGUACCGUACACAGUAUGACUUCCCAGGGUGAACGUCUCGACCAAAGCAGAAUCUCAGAGGGAAAGGGAGGGGCAAGCAGCUGCCUGCCCCCCCCCCCCGAAACCCCCCCCCCAAAAAAAAACAACCACACAAAAAACCCAACCCCAACCAAAAAAAACCCCAACAAACUAUUUUAGUUUAAGAGUACAUUUUGUUCAGCUGAAGAAGUUCUUAUACGUCCAUUUUUAUUGCCCUCCUCUUUCGCCCCUAUUUAUUUUAGACUAGGUAAAACAGAUGAUCAUAUCUGGUGAACUUUUUUAAAGAUUAUAAUACAACACUAUUGACAACUUGUGUUAACUACAUCUAGUCUCCGCGUCCAGGGGGAUUAGACAGCUGAAUACAAAGCACUGAAUACAAACCGCUGAAUACAAAGCACUGAAUACAAAGCACUGUCACAUCUUAUUCCCCUGUCGAGGACAGAACACACUUACGACAAGCGUGUUGAGGGAUUUUCUGACUUGACCACGCCACAAAUAACUCAUCCCCAUUCCCAUCCCCAUACCCAUCCCCAUUCCCAUACCCAUCCCCAUACCCAUUCCCAUCCCCAUACCCAUACCCAUCCCCAUACCCAUCCCCAUACCCAUACCCAU